AUGGCUGGAGAAAAUUGGAUACAAGAGAUAGAAGAGAUUAUGGUCGUACUCGACUACAAAGACGAACAAAAGGUUCGUUAUGCUGCUUUUAAGAUGACUGGAGAGGCGAAGUGUUCGCACAAAAAAAGGGGGCGCGCACGGAGCCAGCCGAAGAGAAAAAUAAGAAAAAAACCUAGUUUCUCGUUUUUUUUUUUUCACGCAGAGAGCCGCCCCCGAGCCUUCCUCUCCGCCUCUCUCUCCCUCAGACUCUUCCUUUCCUUCUCUGCUCAUCUCCCAAACUCCCUCUACUCCAGUUCACUCCCCUGCCUCCGUCCAAGCCAGCCCACGGUUGCCCAACUGCGCGGAGCAAUAGCAUACCCAAAACUCUCCUGCAACCCAGCGUCUCAGCCCUCCUCUGCUCUCGUCGUCACGCUACUCAUCUCUGCCGCUGCACCCAUCACGACUGCCUGCAGCAGUACCAGCUCCCCUGUGCACGCCAUCGCCGCCUUUCCUCUACUCCUGCCAGCAGCCACCACCGAGCCAAGCCAUCAUCCCGGUGAGACCCCAGUUGCUGCAAUCUCACCCUCUGCUUCGGCUAGCCACUGUCAAGCUCACCCAAUAAUCCCAGCGUCCCAACUCUGGCCUCCUCUCACCAUCGCCGAACAUCCCACGGACCAGCCUAUCUUCGACGACACUCUCUCACAGUGGCGGUCCCUUGCUCUGACGCACACGGAAACCACCACUGUCGCCGUCGCUCCCUUUCCCUUGUCGUCAACAGUUUCAGCAAACACCAUCAACAACACAGAAGUCGUGACCUCCAGUUUCAGGCCACUCCAGCUACUCCGGCGACACCCUAUCCUCUCCCCCUUCCUCUUUUCUCUUCUCUUAUCUCCUUUCACCCCUCCUUUCUUCCCUAAUUUCCCCUCUUGUUCUCUGUUCAGGUCGUCCUGCAACACCGACCAGUCCGACGUCUCCUCAUGCCCAGCUCCGACCAUCUUCCGCAGUGGAAUUCCAGCAAUCCGGCCACAGCUUCGUCCGGCCACCACCUUACUACAGUCGCCCUCACUAGUUCCGGCAAUCACCCAACUCCGCCCCACCGGUCCCCGAAUCGACGAUCUGAAGCUACCACGACACUCCUGGCUCUCCUGGCGGAGUUCUCCACAAAUCUACCGGAGCAGAUCAUCGAGAAAACGAAGUUGGAUUUCAUCCCAAAUUCUGGGAUGUCGGGUUAGGAAUCUUGCGGGUAUACAACCAGAUUUUUAUAGGGGCUUUUCAAAGUUGAGGUGAGUCAGAUAGACGAGUGGAUCAGGCUCGCGGAUAGAGAGAGUGAUUGGUCACCCUGGUUAUAGAGUGAGUUUUUGGCAGAGAUGUGUAUGUUUUUGGGAUAGAUAAUAUUGAAAUGGCAUUUUUGUGUAUGGUCUGUAUAUUCUAGAAUCUGGUAUUGUACAGUUUAUGUAUAAAUGGUUUCAUGAUAUAUGUUUCUGUUGCG